AUGUUCGGAGUGCGCGGUACGAAUCCAGCAGCGGCCUUAGGCCUUUUUCCCCAACCCCUCGCCGCGCUGCCCGCGCGUGUUCUGGCGCCAAUGGACUCGUCGCGCGGCGACAUGCUCGCACAGCUGCGACACGUGGCUGCUGUCGAGGCGAGACGGGCGGCAGAACAGGUGAUUCUUCCCAGAGACUUCACCCUGACCAUUCCGCAUCCAGACAACUGUUUCCGCCCGUCCCCAAUCGACAGCGCCACCCCGUUAUCGUCACAACACCCCGUUAAAAUCACCAUUCGGUUGUUGUCCUUUGGCUACGUGGACACCCGCCCUGCAUACCACUCGGCCAGUGAGAUUUGGCCACGUGGGUACCAUGCAGUGUGGGAGGACCCUUUAGGAGGGCUGUGCCACAGCGAGGUGGUGGAGGGGGGCAGCGACGGCCAGGGGCGAGCGCGGGUUGGGGGGGUUGGGCAGGAGGGCGGUAGUGAGGGGCCGGUGUUCCGAGUUUGGAGGGAGGAUGCACGGGAGGAAGGCAGGCAGGCGGGAUGGGCGAUGGACGGGCAGCAGAGAGCAGUGGGUGGGGGAGAGAGAGAGGGUGAGAGUGAGGGAGCGGAGGGCACAAUGGGGGAGGAAGUGCAGGCGCUGCUGUGGGAUGGACGGGGCCCUGCGGGCGUGGGGGGGUGGCGGCCAGGGGGUGAUUCCUGGGCGGAGGGAGCGCAUGGGCGGGAGGUGGAUGGGGGGGAAGGGGACGGGGUGAUUGGUGGGGAGAGUGUGAGGGGGGUGGAGAUGGAGAGAGGAGGGUCGAGCAACGACACACGCUCACAGCUGCUUGGGGGUCCCAGGCCUGAAUGCAAGGUUCGGAUGGUGUGUGAAGGGCAAACGAGUCAGCAGGCUUGGGAGAGGUUCGGAGGGGAGUGGUGGGAGCAGCUGGGUGCGACAUGGAUGGGGAGGGCUGGGCAGGGCACGGCGGAGACGAGGGGGGAGAGUGGAGGGACGAGUGGAAGGCAGGCAGGAGGGGAGGCUGAAGAUGGAAAGAGUGGGUCUGGUUUGGGCGUGGCGGGUGAGGGGGGCGUGGGGGGCGUACAAGAAAGAGGGCAAGUGGAGGGAGUGGGAGCAAAGUAUGCGGGGUGGGAGGAGCAGCGGGUGCGCUCGCUGCUGCUGCUGGACAAGUACGGGCUCUCCCACCCACCCCUGCUCGCCCUCAUAGAGGGGCAGAGCGGUGCAGAGCGGUGCACAGGGUACGAGUUCAGGGAGGAGCGGUGGUGGAAGGAGCAGGCGCAGAGGGAGCAGGAGAGGCAGGCGAGGGGGGGCCGUGGGCAGCAGGACGAGCAGCACGAGGGGGAGGGGCAAGGGAGGGCGGGACAAGUGAGGGAGGGGCAAGAGGAGCAGGGGCAAGAGGGGGGGGAGAUAAAGGAGGGGUUGGGGAUGGCAAGCGGAGGGUUGGUGGGUGAGAUUCAGGCUGGGGCGAGUGAAGGGCGCGAGGGGGGCGAACGGGGGGGUGCAGGGAGGGGUGGUGGGGUUCAUGGGGCGGAGAGGUUGGGCAGGUGGGAGGGGGCGGAUGGGAGGAGAGGGGGAGCGGCGGUGGGAAAGGGUGUUGAUGAGGCGCCGUCAGCAGUGCCCCCUACAGCACUGCUGGGGCUCUCCCGCUGCGACAUGCUGCGCCUCAUUGAGGUGCACCACGCGCUGCACUCCUUCCUGCCCUGCCUUCCGCCGCCCUCCCCCCACUCCCCCCUCCUGCCCGCGCUCUCCCUCCCUGCCCUCGCCCACCACCUCGCCUACCCCUCCACCAAUCCGCCGGCGUCAGCUGGUGCAGCGAGGGGCGGCGGCGCCGUGAGUGGUGGCUCGCAUGGCGCGGGGCCCGUGGUGGCGCGCAUGCACGUGGCGCUGUUGCACGUGCUGCUGCCCGCCGCCAUGCCUGCUGUUGCUGCACGCGAGGUGAUUGGCGGGCGGGAGAGGGAUGGAAGAGGGAAGGAGAGGGAAACUGCCGAAACUGAAGUGAGAGUUGGUGUUGUGAGUGGUGGUCAUGGUGCUACCUCUGCUGCUGCUGCUGCUGCAUUGGGUUCUCCUGCUUCCCUCACAGGCGAGCAAACGGGCUUGAGUGCUGCUGCUGUGAACGAUGCCAGCUCCGACCUGCUGAUGUGUCCCAUUGAUGAGCUGACGUGGCCUGAGGUGGCAUGCAGGGUGCUUGCCGUCAGCAUUCCAUUGCUGCAAGAAGAAAGGAAGGAGCGGAGGGCGCGUGGAGGGGAUGAAAGAGACGGGAGGAGAGGGGCGAGGGGAGGGGGAAGGCGAAGGAGGGGGGCAAGCAAAAGGGGCGAAGCGGAUGGGGAGGAGCAGGUCGCCCGAGGCAGCAGGGAGGAUGGCAGGCAAGGGGUGCGGGGAGCGGGGGGGCAGGGAGGGGUGUGCGGGCGCAGCCCGUGGGAGCAGGGGCGGCUGACGCGGUGCAUCGCUGGCGAUGGCGGGCCGCUGCUGGGCCACUGGCUCGGCACCCCUGGUGCCAUGCACGACGCUGCUGCUCUUGCGGCAGCGGAGAGGCAGCUUGCGCUGGUGGCCGCCUCCCAGCUGCAUGCCACCGCCGCCACCACGGCUGCCGCUGCUGCUGCUGCGCCUGCAGGCAUGGCCACAGGAGGGCUGGGCAGUGCCGCAGGCAAGGGCAAGGCGGGCAGGGGGGCUGCUGCAGCAGCGUCAGGGUCAGCAGGUGAAGAGCAGGGAGGGAAGGACGCAGCAUCAGUGGCGGCAGACGAGAGGGUCAGCAGUGCGAGCCAUGCUGCUGCGAGUGCCCCUGUGCCCCAGGCGGCGGGGGUGAAGGAGGAAGCGAGCAGUGAAGGUGUGAGUGCUGCUCUCAGUGAUGCUGCUGGGGGACUCCCUGCUGCCGCAACUGCUGUGGCGCCUGGCCUGGGGGCACGCAGUGCGGCAGUGGCAGCAGCUGGUGAGACAUGGCUGUGCUGCGGUGCGGUGCGGGCGGGCAUGGGUGCUGUGGAUACUGCUGUGCGUCGUGCAUCGCCCCCCCAGUGGGUGGUGCUGCUGGAGCCCAUCCGCAAGAUGCAGACCAACGUCGGCGCGCGCAUCCGCAACUGCAUCCGCGCCGCCCUCGACUGCCACGUGGCGCCGCCCGAUUGGGCGUUGGAGCGGCUGCAGUGGGCGAUCAGCAAGGAGGUGUACAAGGGGAACGCGUCAGGCCCCACUAAGCGAGCGGCCAUCGAGGUGAUGGACAAGUUCCUCGCCCACCACCCCUGCGCUGCCGCUGCUUCUCCCUCUCCCUCUGCACGUGCCGCUGCUGCUGGAUGGAGUGGCGCCAAGGUGGAGACGGAUGCGGGUGGAGCGGCGAGGGGCGAGGGUGCUGCUGCCAGCAAGGGCACGGCGAGAGAGAAGGAUGCUGGGACGGCUGUGGGGAGCGGUGGGGCAGAGAGUGGCAGUGAUGGGGGCACCGGAGCACAUGGCAAGUGGCAGAAAGGCGGGGGAGCAGGCGGGAGUGAGCCCUGUGCUGGGGAUGCCGCCGCUGCUGCAGCAUUAGCACCAGACUCGGGGGCAGGCACCUCAGCAGAAGUGGCAGGGCGCAGCGGCCUGGCGGGGGGAGCAGCAGCGGCGGCAGCGGGGCCUUUGCUGUCCCCGCUGAUGCAGCAGUGCCGCGCGGUGCUGUGGCAGCUGGCCCUGGCGGACCACCUGCGCGCCUUCACCUACUUCUGGGGCGUGGGGCCUGUGGGACCCGUGGGGGAGGGCGGGCACGAUGCCGCACAGGAUGCAGGAGGGGCAUGGGCAGGGGGGCCAGGGGGGGCAGCGGAGGGCAGAGGGAGAGUGGGCAGCAGUGCAGGGCACGUGGGCAGCGAGGCGGGGGCUGGGAAGGGCGUGAGAGGGGUGGUGGGGAAGGGGUUGGCAGCGGCACUGCACGAGCAGGGGGGGGUGCGGGUGGCGCUCACAGGGGCGGCGAGCAUGAGAGGGAGCGACGGCACAUCAGGGGCGGCCCUGGCAGCGGCGACAGUGGGGGGUGCGGUGGGGGGGGAAGCGCGGAGGGCGGGGUGGGCGCCGCGGCAUGCAGUGGCGCGGCCCAUUGACCUGCGCACCAUCGAUGCACGCGUUGUCAUGGGCGCCUAUGGCCACUCCGCUGAGGGCUUCAUUGCUGACGUCAAACAGUUUGUCAAACUUGGGCUGGCUGGGAGGGUUGAGAAGGUUGGGAGGAUUGAGGGGGCUGAGAGGGUGUGUGGUAAGGUCAGCUGUGAUUCGACCCUUGCAUUCACAUCCCUUGCAUUCACAUCCCUUGCAUUCACAUCCCUUGCAUUCACAUCCCUUGCAUUCACAUCCCUUGCAUUCACAUCCCUUGCAUUCACAUCCCUUGCAUUCACAUCCCUUGCAUUCACAUCCCUUGCAUUCACAUCCCUUGCAUUCACAUCCCUUGCAUUCACAUCCCUUGCAUUCACAUCCCUUGCAUUCACAUCCCUUGCAUUCACAUCCCUUGCAUUCACAUCCCUUGCAUUCACAUCCCUUGCAUUCACAUCCCUUGCAUUCACAUCCCUUGCAUUCACAUCCCUUGCAUUCACAUCCCUUGCAUUCACAUCCCUUGCAUUCACAUCCCUUGCAUUCACAUCCCUUGCAUUCACAUCCCUUGCAUUCACAUCCCUUGCAUUCACAUCCCUUGCAUUCACAUCCCUUGCAUUCACAUCCCUUGCAUUCACAUCCCUUGCAUUCACAUCCCUUGCAUUCACAUCCCUUGCAUUCACAUCCCUUGCAUUCACAUCCCUUGCAUUCACAUCCCUUGCAUUCACAUCCCUUGCAUUCACAUCCCUUGCAUUCACAUCCCUUGCAUUCACAUCCCUUGCAUUCAAAUCCCUUGCAUUCACAUCCCUUGCAUUCACAUCCCUUGCAUUCACAUCCCUUGCAUUCACAUCCCUUGCAUUCACAUCCCUUGCAUUCACAUCCCUUGCAUUCACAUCCCUUGCAUUCACAUCCCUUGCAUUCACAUCCCUUGCAUUCACAUCCCUUGCAUUCACAUCCCUUGCAUUCACAUCCCUUGCAUUCACAUCCCUUGCAUUCAAAUCCCUUGCAUUCACAUCCCUUGCAUUCACAUCCCUUGCAUUCACAUCCCUUGCAUUCACAUCCCUUGCAUUCACAUCCCUUGCAUUCACAUCCCUUGCAUUCACAUCCCUUGCAUUCACAUCCCUUGCAUUCACAUCCCUUGCAUUCACAUCCCUUGCAUUCACAUCCCUUGCAUUCACAUCCCUUGCAUUCACAUCCCUUGUAGAUUCUCAUGUGGAUGAACGUGCGGGUGGGGUACAGGAAGCCGCACCCCAUCUUCCUCUCCAUGCUCCACCUCGCGCCGCUCUUCGACAAACUGCUCGCCUCCCAGGUGGGCUGCUCGCCUCCCAGGGCCUGUUCGCCACGGCUCCAAUGCUGCCCCCGCGCCUGCCAACGCCCACACCAGACAGGGCCGGGGGAAGGGGGCGGGAGGAUGGGGCAGGGGGGGAGGGAGCAGAGGGGGUGCCCCCGUGGGAGAGGGAGGGGUGCUUGGUGUGCGGGGUGGACGUGGACGAGCGCGCCGUGCUGCUGUGCGACGGCUGCGACCGCGAGUUCCACCUCUACUGCCUCCUGCCGCCCCUCGCCCGCGUGCCCCGUGGCCACUGGUACUGCCCGCUGUGCGUGCAGGGGGGCUGGGGGCGGGAGACGAGCUGGGGAGACAGCGAGGAGGAGGAGGAGCAGGAGGAAGGGGGGGGAGAGGAGGACGAGGAGGAAAGAGAGGAAGGAGAAGGAGAGGAGGAGGCAAGGGGCAUUGCGGGGCCCCCAUGGCAGCAGCAGCUGCUCCUGCUGAUGGCUCGUGGGAGGGACUCCCAUGCGCAUGGCGCGGAUGGGGGGCAUGCGGAUGGGGGUGAGGACGAGGAUGGGGAUGGAGACGAGAGUGAGAAGAGUGUGGAGGAGGUGCGAGGGAGUGAGAAGAAGAGGGGUGGAAGGACAAAGCGGUUGACAGGGGGCAAGAGAAGUAGGACUCAGAAGCAUGCUGUGGACGGGUUUGGAGCGGUGGAGAGGGGUGAGCGGGAAGAGGAAGAAGGCGAGGAGGAGGUGGAGGGAGAGAAGGAGCAGGGCGAGGGAGGGAUGGAAGAGGAGGAGGAGGAGGAGGAGGAGGAGGAGGAGGAGGAGGAGGAGGAGGAGGAGGAGGAGGAGGAGGAGGAGGAGGAGGAGGAGGAGGAGGAGGACACAAAGGAAGAGGGCAGGGAGGGGAGUGAUGGGGGAAGUGGGGAGCGGCAGGAGGUGGUGGAAGACGGGGGGGCAGGGCGCAUGCAGCUGUGGUGCUCCAGUGCCGCGCUGCCCAGGCUGAGAGGCGUGCACGGAGAGAAGCAGGAGGCUGGUGGAGCCGUGGUGUUCGUCGGAUCGGAUGAGAUCGGACGGCUGUUCUUUGUGGUUACCAUGAGCAGUGAUGGAAGCACAGGUCAUGAUUUUGCAGCUGGCAACGAUGCUGCAGCAGGGGGAGCAGCAGGGGGAUUAGCAGCAGGGGGGGCAGCAGCAGCGGUGCUGGUGUGGGGGGCGUGCCGCCAUGCAGCUUGCUCGCGCCGUGUGGCCCUCGGGGCCGCGCUGCUCGCCUCUGCCACCGCUGCUGCUCGUGGGGGCCUUGGAGCUUGUGAGGGGGCUGGAGGCGAGGGCGAGCAGGGAGAGUGGCGGUGGUAUGUGUGGCGGGGUGAUGCUGCUCUGAACAGGGGUGGUGCCACGGGGACAGGAAGGGACACGCUUGGUCAAACAAUGGUUGCCUCUGCCUCUGCUGCUGCUGACGUGGAUGCUCUUCUUUCCUCAAUUGCUACAGCAGCAACACCUGGCAGCCAGCUGGCAAGGGUUCACAGCCGGGUGCAGCAGGUGCUACAUGAGCAGUGUGGUGGGCGUGUGUCUGAAGCAGCAUGUGAGCAGCAGGCAGGCAGGCCCGUGCAUGCACAAGAGCCGCCCCCUGCACACCCCGCACAUUCCUCCCUCUCCCCCUCAUUCGUGCCACCCCUGCACUCGCUCCCACUCCACGCUACUGAACCGCCCACCAAGCUGCCCACUGAGCCAACUUCCGAGCUGCUUACCCAGCCAUACACCCCAAGCCUCCGCACCCUGCGAGCUAUGGCCUUUCUGGAAGAGCGGUUCGGAGCGGUGGAGAUGGAUGGUACCGUGGCAUGGGGAGGGGAGGGGGACGGGGGGAAGGAGGGAGGCAAAGGAGAGAAGGGGAAGGGCAGAGGAGGGGAGAAAGGGGCGGCACACAAAGGCGCUCUGGGGGCGACAGGUGGCGGUGCAGGGAGGAGGGGCGUGUGGCGGUGUGAGUGCUUGGAGCUGCAGUGGGCUGCCAGGUGGCACUGCGUGAUUUGCCACGAGACUUACAGCGCCAAGGCGGAGUUUGAAGGGCACAAGCGGGCGUGCCGGCUGAGGGCUAAGGGGGGGCUGUGGCACCAGGGUGUGGGGGAGGAGGAGGAAGAUGCAGGGACUGUGUUCGACCCCCUCACCACUGCUGACCUACCACCUGCUGACGUGGCAGCUCGUGCAGCUGCAAGGCAUCAGUGUGAUGCUGAUGCCAUCUUUCCACCUGGCACACUCAAGCUGUGCGACGUCAUGGCCACUCCACCAGCUGCCACGUCACCAGUUGACUCGUCACCAGCUGCCACGUCAACAGCUGCCACGUCACCAGCUGCCACGUCACCAUCCGCAGAAGAAGCAGUAGCCCCAAGUAUGGCAGGUGGCGGUUCUGUGGGGCAGGCACUGGUGGGCAGGAGCAUGGCGACGCUGGGCGAUCGCAUGAGGGUGUGGAGCGGUGAACAGGGCGACGAGGCUUGCAGCACAGUGCAGCAGGGGCACGUGGUGGCGCAGAAGAGGCAGCGAGGGGGCGAGAAGGGCGGCGAGGAGGAGCUGCUGAGCGGCUGCCAGCUGCUGGAGAGGCGUGUGGGAAAGCGGCGGAAGAAUGGCGAGGGGCGAGGCAGGGGGGAGAGUGGAAUGGCGAGAGGAGGGGAGACUAUGGAAGGUGGAGAGGGAGCGAGGAGGGGAGAGCACGCAGCAGUGGUGGGAGAAGGCACGGGAGGUGUGGUAGUGGCAGAUGGCAGUGGUGCUGCUGCCUCUGCCGCACUGGCUUCGCCUGCACUCAUACACUCCGUGGCGGCUGCUGCUUUGCCUGCCUCUGCUGGUGCUCCUGGUUUGAGCGGUUGUGGCACUGCCACUGCCUCUCAUGCUGUUGCUGCCAUUGCCAUGACCAUGGGUGGCGAUAUGGAGAAGGGCGGUGAUGCGGGCAGUGCGGGCAGUCAGGGCAGUGAGGGCAGUGGGGGUGCAUGGCAGCGGAGUGGCAGCAGUGGCGUGGAGGAGUGGGACGCACUGUGUGGCGGGCUGCCGCCCCUACAGCACCUCCCACAGGACGCCGCGCCUCCACCUGCCACUGCUCAUGCACCUGCCACUGCUCCAGUCACUCUUGCUGUGCCGCCUGGCACUGACUUGGAUGAGUGGGCUGCAGGCAUGGAGGGGACAGGCAUGGAGGGGACAGGCAUGGAGGGGACAGGCAUGGAUGGUGUGAGUGUGGAUGGCUGGGGCAUGCAGAGCAGCACAGCUGGUGUCCUGUCGCGGGAUGUGACCUCCCCCGUGCCUCAACCCCCCUCCGCCAGCCCCUGGGACCACGUGCCACUGCCACCCGACGCCACCACCACACCUGACGUCAGCAGCAGCAGCUCCCGCGCCCUCAGCACCUCUCCACCGCACCCAACCGCUCUCCUCAUCCGCCACAUCUCUUUCAGCCAGCAGCCACCCGCCAUCCUCGCGGCCGCCCCGCACCUCCGUUCCCCUCCUACGCCUGCUCCCCUCCCACUGCCCUCCCCGCCCUCGCCUGCCUUGGCUGCUCCAGGUCAUCUGGGAGGGGGUAUGGGUGGGGCUGGAGGUGUGGCUGUGAGUGAUGGCAAGGAGGGGAGCGAGGGCGGGGCGGGGGGCGAGUGGGAAGAGGCGGUGGUGGGGGUGCUGAAGCGCGAGCUGCUGGACGUGGAGGCGGCGGCGGGCGUGGAGGCCAUGGACGGCCCGCGAGGGCGGUCGGGCAGGCGCCGUGCAUGGCGGGCCAUGGUCAAGCGCGCUGAUGCCCAGCACUGGCGCCACCUGCUGCACGCCUGCAUCCUGCUUGAGCUCGCCAUCCGGGCCGACCGCCUCGCCCUCGGCUGGCGCUUCUGGUGCUCCCCGGCUGCCGCCGCCUCCUGCGCCACGCUCUCAGCGCUGGCCCUGCGCGUGCGCGCCCUGGACCGCGCCAUAAUCUACUUCAAGGGGCCCCUCCGCCCUGCCGCUGCCGCACGCGCCCCGCCCCGCGCCCACGGCGGUGGGGGCGAGGCCAAGGGAGCAGCAGGGGGGGUGGUGGUGGAGAGCAAGAGGGGUGCGGCGGUAGCGGCGGCGGUGGUGGCGGAGGAGGAGGCGGAUGUGGUGGAGGUGUCAGCUGCGAGUGGCGAGGGGGAGGGCGGCAGUGGCAGUGUGGAGUUUGACAUGUUUGACGAGGAGACGGGCGCCGCGGCGGAGGUUCUUGAGAUGCUCAAGGCGCUGGGCUGA